GUCUAACUUAAUUUGAGAGGGGGUCUGAAAAACUUUACAGUAAACUCAUUCACAGAUAAUUUAAUCCAAGUAACUUUGUGGUCAGUAUCAUAAGAUGUUUUUCUUUGAAGACCACUUUUCUGUUAAAGGCAAUCACAAAGGAGUGGAUGGAUCAUAAACAUUUGGAUGAGCAAAAUAUUUUCCUACCAGCACCAGAGUCAAUACUCCGCCUUGAAGUAUUUCAUUGAGAUAUAUAUAUAUAGACUGAGCAGGUCAUAUUAGCACAUGCAAAAAGUGUGCAAAGAAGCGUGACACAGCACACAACAAUCAGAACAAUUGUCAAUCGCCUUCAGCAGGAUAGAUGGAGGAUCCAAUUCAGUUAAAGGACAGUGGCAAUGCAUUCUUUCAGAACAAAGAUUAUGACAAAGCCAUUGACUGUUACACUAAUGCUAUUAAGCUAACCAAAGAGAAGAAGGUUCUGGCCAUCCUUUACAGAAAUCGAUCAGCAUGCCACUUAAAAAAGGAAAAGUAUGUGUCUGCUGCAUCAGAUGCCUCGAAAGCCAUUGAGAUGGAUGCAUCAGACAUCAAAGCUCUCUUCAGGCGUAGUCAAGCACUGGAGAAGGUGGGGAAACUGGAUCAAGCUUUCAAAGAUGUCCAGAGAUGUGCAACAAUGGAGCCAAAGAACAAAACAUUUCAAGAAACAUUGCGGCGUCUGAAUCAUGACAUUCAAGAGAAGCUAAAAAUUCAGUUCUCCACAGACUCGAGAGUGGAACGGAUGUUUGAAGUUUUACUUGACGAGAGUAUUGAUAAAGAAAGGAAGGAAAAGGCUGCAAAUAACUUGAUUGUGCUCGCAAGGGAAGAUGCAGGAGCUGAGAGGAUCUUCAGAAACAAUGGCCUUAAUUUGUUGAUUCAACUUAUUGAAACCAAGAAGCACGAAAUGAUGCUUGCUGCAAUCAGAACACUUUCAGGCAUGUGCAGUCGUCACAAGUCAAGAGCAUUGGCUGUGUUACAUUUUGUGGAACUAGAUAAGAUUUGCAGUUGGAUGGCCUUGGACAAUGAAGAGAUUGCUUUGGCAACAUCCAGCCUCUUCCAGACCAUCCUGGAUAACUUUGAAGGCAAAGAUAGUAAGGAACAUCAUGGGAAAGAUGAAGCUCUGGUGCUUGAUACAUCAAAGGACGUGAAGAUGAUAAUCACACAUCUCCUGGAAAUGCUGGCUCACCCCAGUGUCUCAGGACAUGGACGGGAUCAGGCCCUCACUGUCCUGAUUAGAAAUGUACCUCGAAAGGACCUCGGCAUUAAAGAUAACACCAGAAGUUUGGACACCAUUGAUCUGGGUCUGAGGAAGAUUUUGAAAGUGGCAGGACAAUUCCCCGAACUGCAAAACUGCCUGCCCAUGACUGAGAAUACCUGCCUGACUGCUUCCAUCUUACUCAACAAGCUUUACGAUGAUCUUCGAGAUGAUGAGGAACGAGCAAAUUUCCGAAAAAUCUGUGAGGUAUACGUAACGAGCAAGUUUGAUCCUAAGAACAUGGAGAAAAACCUGCACGCAAUCCAGUGUGUGUCCGCACUCCUUCAGGGACCUUAUGAUGUUGGUAACAGCAUUCUGGCUUUGCAAGGGGUGAUGGAGAUGAUGGUUGCAUUGUGUGGUUCGGAGAGAGAGAUUGACCAAAUGGUGGCAUUGGAGGCCAUCAUCCAUGCUGCUAGUAAAGCCAGCAGGGCAGGUUUCAUCAUCAGUAAUGGAAUCAGCUUAAUGAAGGACAUGUAUAAGAAGUCAACCAAUGAGAAGAUCAAAAUCAGAGCCUUGGUGGGCCUAUGCAAGCUUGGAUCAGCUGGGGGUACAGAUUACGCUCUGAAGCAGUUCUCUGAAGGGUCCACUGAGAAGCUGGCAAAACAAUGUAGAAAGUGGCUAUGCAACCAAAACAUUGACUCCCGCACAAGAAAGUGGGCAAUUGAGGGCAUGGCAUACCUGACUCUGGAUGCUGAUGUGAAAGACGACUUUGUUCAGGAUGAGCCAGCAAUGCAGGCAAUGUUUGACUUAUCACAGUCAGCUGACAAGACAAUCCUUUAUGCUGUGGCAUCAGUCCUGGUGAACUGCACAAACAGUUAUGAUGUAAAAGAAAGGAUACCAGAGCUAGUUGAAUUGGCAAAGUUGUCAAAGCAACAUGUCCCUGAAGAUCAUCCAAAGGAUAAAAAAGACUUUGUGAUGCAGCGGGUGAAGCGUUUAAUCAAGGCUGGCGUUGUCUCGGCUCUUGCUGUCAUGUUGAAGGCAGACAGUGCAAUCUUGACAGACCAGACCAAGGAGCUUAUGGCACGAGUGUUCCUUGCUUUGGUCGAGGAUGCCAGAGAUCGGGGCAAAAUUGUGGCACAAGGUGGUGGAAAGUCGUUGUUGCCACUUGCCCUCCACGGCACCGACGUUGGCAAAGUCAAGGCAUCCCAUGCUCUUGCUAAGAUCGCUGCCAUCUCUGACCCAGAAAUAGCUUUCCCUGGUGAAAGGGUCUAUGAAGUGGUGAGGCCACUUGUCAGCCUUUUGAACACUGAGCUGGAUGGUCUGCAGAAUUAUGAGGCUCUAAUGUCUCUCACCAACCUUUCUGCCAAAAGCGAGAAGUUAAGGCAAAAGAUAAUCAAGGAGAAAGCUCUGCCCGAGAUUGAGUGUUACAUGUUUGAGGAACAUGAUCAAAUCCGACAAGCAGCCACUGAGUGUAUGUGCAACAUGAUCACCUGUAAGGAAGUUCAGGAGCGCUUCUUGGCUGAGGGGAACGACAGACUGAAGCUAAUGGUGCUGCUUUGUGGAGAAGACGAUCCGAAGCUCCAGCGAGCAGCAGCAGGAGCACUUGCCGCACUCACAACCAGCCACAAGGAGAUCUGCUCCAAGAUAUCAACAGUCACCGUGCAAUGGCUGGAGAUCUUGCAGAGACUGUGUAUCCAUGACAACUUGGAGGUCCAGCACCGUGGCUUGGUCAUUGCUCUCAACAUGAUGGCGGACCAAGAGAUCGCUAAAAUGAUGAUUGAGAGCGAAUUACUGGAGAUCCUGACAGUGAUCGGCAAGAUGGAAGAUAACGCCAAGCAUCACGAUGUUAUCGAUGUGGCGCGGAAGUGCCUCGUGAAAGCUAUGGAUUACUCCCUGAUCAAACCAACAUCCCAGCAGGCUAAAUAAAGAGCAGUUUGUGCAGAAUAAUUAGAUCACUCAAUUAAACCUCACCGUGGGAUAUAAUCGGUUGUUUACUUAAAGCCUGUGUGGCCCCAAAGUCUAAUUUUUUUAAUACCCAUAAAUUUCCUAACUCGAUCAUUAUAGAGGAGUUGCUGGAGAUGAUUAAAACUGUUUAUUGACUUCAUUCUUGUGACAAACUGCUGACUGGGAAAACAAAACUUAAUUAACCAAGCUGUAUUUAGGAAAAUAAAAUGUAUUUUCAGUGCCACACUCUGCCAAGUGCUGGAAGCUGAAUGCUUUUGGAAAAUG